CCAACACCGUCGACAGUCUGUAUAUUACUGCAGCCUUUCACCUAUUUCCAUUGGCGUGUUAUUCUGCUGGCUCUGUUCAAUCCCUUAAUCAAUCUAACCUGAACCCUGGUGUUAGACAGAUUUUGCUCCCGUCGCCCCACGCCCAGAGCGGGCCCACAGAGAAAAUCACUCAUUACCAACCAAACUGCCGUACCGCAAACAUUUUGCAACCCUCCCCUCCUCUCGAGGUCAACAAGGCCUAAACAAAACCGCGCCAAUCGCCAAUUUUAGCGAGAGAUCCCCUGUAUAUCACUUCGCUGCUCCCGAGUAAUCAAUUGUGAUCUCGGGCACUCAUUGGGCUAUCGGGUGAGACUGUCUGACCGACGCUCUUUCCUACACCCUGCCGAUGUUCACGACUCUAGCUCUUUGCUACUUCGUGCUCUUCUAAGACGAUUUUUGUUUUCGCCUUCCAUGAGCUCGAGAGACCUUCUGCGAUUCUUGUCUAAGCCCGCGAAGCCUCGAUAACACGACUCCCGUGUUCACAAGCGCGCAUCUUCCCAAUACCCUUUUUUAAAAAGCAGAAUUCUCGUCUGCUAGACCCGAUACUUUGAACGGUAUCGGUAUCUUCCAGAACGAGGGUACCGACUGCUAGUCACCAUUUCUCUUAGCAUCUUCUUCCUCGCCUUCGCGUUUCGCCCUCCUUAGCAGCCCUUUGGACUGUUGGAGAUUUCACCUGCCUGGUCUGACCAGUUAUUUUUUGUUCAAGGGCCUUCUCUUCUCAGACGGGCAUCGCCCCCUUGUUCGUCUGGGUAAGUAGACAGUGCUUCUACAGCCUAUCGGAGACUACAUAGGGCGGUCCGACGUCACUGUUCCAGCUUCGUUCAACAUAACAAGUACAACAGCUUCGGCUAAAACAAUCAGCGGAAAUGGUUUACGUCGGUAUUCCACAGAACUACACUCAGUCGCCAUCCUCGUUCGCGGGGACGCCGUCUCUGACGAUCAACUAUGAGGCCACUCAGGAUCUCGACUCGACCAAUGCCUUUGAAGGUCCCGAGAAGCUUCUGGAGGUCUGGUUUGCACCGUCCCCUGCUGAUCUAGGCGCCGCCGGCCCUGAGGGUCUCAAAAAGUCCCAGGAGAGAUUUGGAAGGACAUGCUGGACCUUGUAA